AUGAGCUCCGAAGCUUCUGGUCCCUCAGACUUGAUUCAUCAAGUCCUCCCCUCCACAGACUCGCCUUCAAAACCUCACACCAGCAGCCAUGACUCUCACCACAGUGGCCCUGGUGGCCUUUUGACAAUUCACCACGAAGGAGAAUCUGGCCGCAGCGGUAUCCACUUUUGGUCUUUCAUGAGCAUCUUAUGGCGCUCCUCAUCCCAGGUCUCCAUGGCGGUCAACAUCCUAUGGCCCUUUGUUCCUGUUGCCAUAAUCCUCCACUACCUUCCCGGCCAUCACUCGGCUACAUUGAACAAAUGGGUCUUCGCAACAAGCUACAUUGGCAUGGUCCCCGCAGCGAACCUCUUAGGCUUCGCCGGCCAAGAGCUCGCGCGAAAGAUGCCAAAAGUAGCGGGAAUCCUGAUUGAGACAGCCCUGGGCAGUAUCGUGGAGAUUGUCCUGUUCAUGAUUCUAAUCGCAAAACACAAGAACACCGAAAAAGGUGGCGAUGACAGCUCCGCAGAAGAAGGAAAUUUGAUCCCAGUUAUCCAGGCCGCUAUCCUUGGCUCCAUCCUUACAAAUCUUCUGCUUUGUCUGGGUCUCUGCUUCUUUUUCGGCGGCAUUCGUCGACAGACACAAACCUUCCAUGCCGUUGUCUCUGAAGUUGGUUCUGGUCUCCUUCUCGUCGCUGGAUUUGGUCUCCUCAUUCCAAGCGCGUUCUAUUCUGCGCUAAAAGGCGAGACACGCCCACAGAGUGGCUUCACAGAACACAAAUUGCAAUACGAUGUGCUGAAAAUGAGCCAAGCGACCAGCAUUAUCCUCAUGAUCGCCUUCGCCGUCUACAUCGUCUUCAAUGCACGCAGUCAGCAUAGCAUUUUCGACGAGAUACUCGAGGCAGAUGAGAUUAAUGAUGCAGAUCGGGCGCACGACAUGGCAAAGGAGAAGUUGACAUUUUCUGAAUGCGUCGUUGCAAUAGUCGCCUCUUUGACGUUCAUUACCCUCCUUGCCAUCUUCCUUGUCGAGCAGAUCGAAACUAUCGUGCAUUCCGGUGUGCCUGAUCAAUUUCUCGGCCUUAUACUGCUUCCGUUGGUUGAAAAAGCGGCCGAGCACCUGACCGCAGUUGACGAAGCUUGGGACGGGCAGAUGAAUUUUGCCUUGUACCACUGCCUGGGCCCGAGCAUUCAAACAGCACUGUUCAAUGGUCCGCUUGUUGUCAUCGUGGGCUGGGCCCUUGGGAAACCAAUGGACUUGAAUUUCGAGAUCUUCAUGAUUGCUCUACUCGUAUUGUCGAUUCUAGUGGUUGGGAACUUCCUGAGGGAUAAAGAAAGCAACUACCUUGAGGGGACGUUGUUGGUGAUUGUGUACCUCAUCAUCGCCAUUGCGGCCUGGUAUUAUCCGGACCCGGACGUGGCAACCUCAAAUGAAUUCGACGGCUCUUGGAUCGCUGCUGGAAUUCAACCAGGAGCAACGUCAACAGCUUCUUUGCAGUUCAAAGCACAGGGGCCAAGAGUGUUCUGA